AAGACAAUCGAAAAAAAUUUUCAAAACAACAUAGAUGAAUGUUGAUCUAUUUGUUCGGCCUUUAGUGCUUAAGCAUUAGCCAGUUCACCAGAAGAAAAAGAACAGCUUUAUUACAUAUAAAGUCGAGAAGAAGUCAAGAAGAAGACAAUAAGACAUCUUUUGUUGCAAAAGAUUGUGUCAAUUUUCCGCGAAAAUCGGUUCGUGCGAUCUUCCAUGCCUCGAUUUUGUCCACAAUGGUGAAAACGUUCCAAGAUUAUCUCGUUGGCUGCCAUCGAAGGUAUAGCUGUAUCCACUGCAGAGCUCACCUGGCAAAUCAUGAUGAACUUAUUUCUAAGUCAUUUCAAGGGAGCCAAGGACGAGCAUACCUUUUCAAUAAAGUUGUCAAUGUUGGUUGUGGUCCAGCCGAAGAGAGGGUCCUCCUGACGGGCUUACACGCAGUUUCUGACAUCUACUGCGAGUGUUGUAAAACCACACUGGGUUGGAAAUACGAACAUGCUUUCGAAAAUAGUCAGAAAUACAAAGAAGGAAAGUUCAUUAUUGAGAUGAUCCAUAUGAUAAAGGACAACGGUUGGGAAUAAUGAUUUUGUCUGUUUUUUUUAUACGGUCAUUAUUAGGAAGAGAAGACUGGAGUUUUGUACAGUAAAUGUAUAUAUGAUAAUAUUAUGACUGAAAUUUAUAUACACAGCCUAAAAGAUAUCACUAACUGAAAAGGAAACGUUUCGUUUUUGAGUAGAAUCUUUUGGUUGCGAAGAUCCAUAGCUACAUUUUAUGAAUGGAGAGAAUGACGAUGUUGUAAAUAGAGAAAGUAAUGAAAUCGCUCCAGUUUUGAGCGCUCGAGUUUUAUUUUAAAGAAAGAUUUAUCGAUUUAUAUAAACGAAGGCACAAAGUCAUGUCAUAAUAACUUAUUGUAGUUUUUUGUUUUUUAUCUUCGAUUUAACGAGGAUUUUAAUAUUGUAAAUAUAACCAAGAAAUCGUCGAACUUGACAUGCAAAAUUAAAAAAAU